AUCUAACCAGCGAUAACGCCUAACGCUCCAAUAACGCCAAAAUGCCACCCCUAAUCUCCUCCCUCACCCUCCGUACCCUGCGAACAAUCAUCCAGCGCCCCUCCAUCGCCGCCACCGCAAUCAAAACAACCUCGUGCUUCCAACCUAUCCUCCGCACACCCGCCGCCCUCGCCGGCUUCACAACAGCACGACUGACAAUCGCACCAGCAGGCCCCUCCGCUCUCCUGCGCCGCCAAUUCUCCACCUCCCCGUUCCGUCAGGCAACAUGCAACCAGGUCCGUCGCGGGUGCCGAGUUUCGCAGCGGGCGCGGAGAUCGAGGUCUCCGGCGCUGGUGGAUAGGUCACAGAUGAAGGGCGUUUGUUUGAAGACUGGUAUUACGAAGCCGAAGAAGCCGAACUCGGGUGAAAGGAAGACGGCAAGAGUUAGGUUGAGUAGUGGGAAGGUCAUUACGGCUUACAUUCCGGGCGAGGGUCACAAUGUCCAGCAGCACAGUGUAGUUCUGGUUCGUGGUGGCAGAGCUCAGGAUUGUCCUGGUGUGAAAUAUCACUUAGUUCGUGGUGCUAUGGAUUUGGGUGGUGUUGCCAGCCGUCUGACCAGCCGGUCGAAAUACGGAACAAAGAAGCCCAAGAAGGACUAAAGGGAUUGAAUUGGAUCCGGUGUUAGGGCACGAAUGGAUAUGGUUUCAUGAGUUUCUGUCAUUGUACCAUUCUUUGAUAUUAUUGUACUGGGUUUCGUUAUUACCAUAUCUUAUUAGAAAAAGCGUGUAUAUUAUGAGACAAUUCUGUUAUUCUGUUCGGGUGGUAUUGUUCCCUUUCUACAAAUAUCCAUAAAUGGCCUUCGAACUCGAAGUGCAAUGUACUUGUCACAUUGUCACAUGCAUAGUGAAGAGGACCAGACCAACCUCGGGUUCUUCAUAUCCAGCCACA